AUGAAGACAAAAUUAACUGGUAAAAUUAAAAUCGACGAAAAAACAAAUACUAUUAGCUUUUUAUUAAAGGAUGUCAACAGUGGUAUUAUUAGAGUUAUGAAUAUUGGUAAUUUUAGAAACCCAGAAAAGCAAAAACAAUUUAGUGAAAGAACAGGAGAAAAUAUCCCAACCGAUGGCUGGGUAGUUGGAAUGUACGAAGUUUUAUGCCAUGUCCAUAUAAAUAUGAAAGAACUCUCUUUGACUUUAACAUUUGAACAUGACAACUAUGAAAUUAUGAAGAGAUUAUCAAAAGCAUUAAAAGGUAGAUUGUCCCAAAAUGAAAUAACAGGUAAAUAUAAAAAAUCAUAUAAAGUGACAAUAGAUCCACCAAUCGAGCCACCAAAACCUAAACCAGCUAGAGAAUCAGAUUUUUAUAAUAAGCAAUAUCAAGAUGAAAAAUUAAAUAUUUGGAAACAUUUUAUUAAAGAAUAUGAUAGAAUAACAAAGGAAGAAAGAGAAAAUGAAGAUAAUGAAGAUGACGAAGAAUAUGAAGAUUAUGAAAACAAUGAAGACAUUGAAGAUUAUGAGGAUAGCAAACAAAGAUAA